AUGGACUGCGAGCAGCUGGAGCUGAACCCGCGAAUCAGAGCCGCUCUGAGGAGAGGUAUGAGCCGACCAAAUCUCAUUCAGAAAUCAGUCACUUUUUUACCUGGAACAUUUAACUCGUAGACGCCAAAAACAUGAAGUUAAAGAACGAUGUUUGACAUUAUUUGUUCUGUUGAUAUUUUCGGCUAAUUUUUUAUAAUUUCAGUAUUUUUGUUUUGUUGUAAGACUGUUGUUCAGUGAUAGAUUACUAGAACAAUUAGGUUUAGAGUGAGGGGCAGGUAAUAUAAGAUGUUUCUUCUCCCUGCUCCCUUCCAACCAAUGGAUAAGAAAUGUUGCAAUGUGACAUUAUAUUGUCAACCUGAGAAACUGCCUUGGCUGGAAUGAAUGAAUAAAUAAAUAAAUAAUUAAAGUAUUAAAACAUGUCAAACGGAGGCAUUAAAGUUUUCUCUAGAACAGAGAAAUUGAGGAUAGCGCACAAAUUACUCUAUGCAAGAUAACUCAUGUGGCUACAGAAGAAGAAGUAGAAGACGUUUAUUGCCAUCACAUGCAAACAUGUUAGGAAUUUGUUUUGGUAUUAUUAGGGUGCAGUUUCAGACAACAUGACAAGUGUAAGACAAAAACAAGACAGUGCAUAACCAACAAUUUAAAGUGCAAUAAAUACAAAGUGCAGUGAUAUUCACAAGUAGAGUUCAGUUCAGAUAAAUUCGUUUGCACUAGAUAAUAACAUUGUGCACACAAGAAAAAAAUGUAUGUGCACAAAUUAACUGUGUUUUGCAUAUAUAUUUUGCACAACAUAAUUUGUAUGUACAAGAUAAUAGCCUUUUUCAAUAAUCUGGUGUGCACAUUGGUUGAUGAGUUUUAAUAAUAUUGUGUGUGAGAGAAAGUAGCCUGUGCACAAAAGGUAAUUAUUGUUUACCCUUAAGGUAUUAACUUCUACAUAUUGUGCACACAAACCUCUGUUAAUUUGUUCAUUGUACCAUGGCAUGUUAUUGCCAUGGUAACCUGUUGAUUUGUUGUCAUUGAUGUUGUCCAGCUGACCUGCGGACAGUCCAGGACAUCUUGUGUUCCAGUCAGGAUCUGCAUACGCUCGGUUUGUCCCGCUCAGACGUCCAGCUGCUGCUCAGAGCCGCCGCACAGGCAUACAGACCACAAUGUCAGAUCACAGGUCAGAGCAGGGUGAUGGCUGAUUUGAUACCUCAGAUUUUUGUCACAGUAAAUAUAAACUUCUGUUUGUGUGUUUAGCCCUGGCGCUCCGUGGUGAACAGUCCUCUCUCAGGCUCAGUACGGGCUGUGUGGUGCUGAACGAGCUACUGAGGGGGGGUCUUCCCGUGGGGCGUGUCACUGAACUGUCAGGAGAGAGCGGUGCGGGGAAAACUCAGCUGGCUCUACAGUUCUGCCUGUCUGUACAAUACCCCGUCCAACAUGGGGGACUGGACUCAGGUCAGUCAAUGCAUAACAGUCAGAACAACAUGUGAUCAAUGUUGCUAUAAAUGUUCAGGUUCUCUUGUGGUCCUGGUUCUGAUGGUUCUUUGUUUACUGUAGGUGCUGUGUUUAUCAGCACUGAGGACUCAUUCCCAAGUCGCCGCCUGCAGCAGCUGAUCCGAGAGCAGCCGAAUUUGCGCUCAGACGUCCCCAAAUCACUGAUCGAUUCCAUCGAGUUCAGCAACAACAUCUACAUUGAACACGCCGCUGACCUGGUGAGCUGCUGACCUCUGAUCUAUAUCACGUGACUGACUUACAGAGUCAAAACCUUCAUCAUGUGGUUAAUCAUUCAUUUAUGGCGGGGGGGGGGGGGGGGACACUUCCCUGACACUGGCCCUUUUGUCCAAGCUCUAAAUGGAUGAAAAACCAUAGACUGUAUAUACUGUGGACAACUUGGUUCCGCCUUCCGCCAGCAUACAGAUUUGAAGCCGAAAAGCUCUCGGUAAUUCUGCAUUUUCUCCCCAUUUCCUGAAACCAACAUUGCGCAGUGGCGUUGUACGCACUCCACCACUUGCGCAGUAGCAUUGUGCACAUUCGGCGGGAGAGUCGCCGAGAGCCGCUGUGACGAUGCUCGGCUCAAACAGUGUAUCCCCCAGAUGCUAUGCAAUCUUUGUACGCCCAUAGGCUGUCUCAUGUGUCAAUCAUAGAAAACAUGAACCAAUAACUUUUAAAAAUGGAGCUGCACAGAAAAAAGAGGACUUGAGCACAAACCAGUCUUACAAAAACUACACGUCAACAUCGCAAGCAGGCGGGAUUUAUGACUUUUACUGCGGCCCUUUACCAGAGGGUGCUGUUCUCAGAGUGACUUCACACAGUGAGGAGGCAGACGGCGUCCAUUCUCUAUACAGUCUAUGUAAAAAACCACCUGAAAAUAGAAAGACAGUGAUUAAAAGUCUGCUCACCUGUCUUUACCUUCAUGUACCUGCAGGACUCACUGCAGGUGUGUUUGACUCGGCGGGUGCCCCUCCUCCUGGCUCGGGGGAAGGCCCGGCUCCUGGUGGUAGACUCGGUGGCCGCUCUGUUCAGGUCAGAGUUCCAGCCGUCUGAUUGGCUGGAGAGAAACAAACAACUCAUUCGCUUCUCCUCCAAACUACAUCAGCUGGGCCGGGAGUACAACACACCUGUGUUGUGUGUAAACCAGGUAACAGAAACACACACACACACACACACACACCUGUGCUAUCAACCAGGUCACAUGUUACACCUGUUGUUUUCUGUUUCAGGUGACUGAUGUUUUCGGCAGCUCAGACGACAGUUUGGGGUAAAAUUUCAUAAAAUAUUUUGUUUCAUCAUGUUUUAUUUUCAACUAUCAGCUGUUUUUUAAAUUUAUUUUCCAAACAGACAAUGUGAGCUCUCUGGAGUUUAAAAUACUGUGAAAACAGAGUUUAAUUUAAAUAUCUGAUCUCUUGUUCAGCCCUCUGUCCUCCAGUGUCUCACCUGCUCUGGGCUUGGCCUGGGCCAAUCAGGUGAUGGUUCGCCUAAUGAUGCAUCGUCUUCAGGGGACAGUCUCCCAGGGUGACCAGUCCAGUGCCCUCCGCAGGCUGGAGGUGGUGUUUGCUCCUCACUUGGCCCGAGGUGAUCGUAAUGCAGCCAUUUGGAGGGAGGGGGUCCGAGGAGUCCAGACCUGA